AUGAACAAUAGCAAAAACUGUUUGAGAAUGUUAACAACUGGUUUGGAACUCGGAGAUAUUGAGGUUCCUACACAUUUGCUCAAAGUUAACAUCAACUGUCAAGGGUGCAAGCGGAGAGUGAAGAAACUUCUCCGGAAAAUUGAAGGGGUUUUUUCAGUUCACAUAGAUGAAGAACACCAAGUGGUUAAAGUAACUGGAAAUGUUGAUCCAACUAAGUUAAUUAAGAGGUUGAUGAAAUCUGGAAAGCAUGCAGAGUUUUGGUCCCCAAAUAAACACCUCCAACUCAUAAAAGGUGACACCAACAACACGGAUCUAACGCAAAAUCCAAGGAUUAAUGGGAUUAAUGUUCCCCGAACUGAGCAUGAAAGCACCGCCGUUGGCUAUGAUGUUCAAGCUGAUUCAGGCAUAAAUGUCGGCUACAAUAUCGGCCGUAACCUCAUGACAGGCGAGGCUGAUCGGAGUUUUGUAGAUGAAGCAAACUUGCGGAGGAUGCAGGAGGAAGGAAACACAUUUGCCAAGAAUGGAUAUGUGAUAUCAAUGUUGGAGCCUGCAGGCUUUGGGGGCAAUAAUGGUGCUGGUUUCGUCGACUUACAACUGCACGAAUCCAGUGCUGCUGGUUUUGUCGGCUUACGACCACAUGAAUUCGGUAUGUUUCAUGAGGUUCCAUCAAGCUUGACAACUGAUGACUAUAAUGAUCCAAAUCUUCCAUCAAUGAUUGAAACCAGCUUGCAAGGGUACCACCACAACAAUCCAUCUGCACAUAUGAACACUUACAUGCAGAACAGGCAUAGCAAUAACCCUAGGAAUACGAAUUUGAGUUAUGAUAACAAGUACAUGUACACCAAGAUAUGA